UGAUUCUGCAACGCUUAAAAAAUCAAAUAUCAGAAAAUGGAAAUAGGAAAUAAGGUUUACCUAAAUAACAUUGACCAGAUAAAUGAAAAAUCGCAUAUCAAGAUUCGGGUGCUUAAAAUUUGGAACUUUGUCAGAAAUAAUAAAGUUUGUUCCAUUGAAAUGAUCAUCAUGGAUGAGGAGGGUACACAAUACCAAGCUCGUGUCUUCAAUCAGAAUUUCUCCAGAUUUCGUCAUCUUUUAAAGGGAGAUGAAAGUUAUAUAGUUAUAAAACCCAAUAUGGCUGCUGUUACUAAUGGUUUUAGUUAUACAGGUCUUGGUGAAGCUAAAAGUCAUUUUGAAGUAACGAAAUUGUUCAUAAAUUCUGACAUUUAUGAAAUAAAUGAGUUUAAAAAUAAGUUGAAAUGUCAUGACAAUUUCGAUAUAACUGAAAAAAGCAUAACUACACUUCAAAGCUACUCUUCUUCAUAUACAGAUGACUUUAAGGGCAAUUUUCCAUUAAAAAUAAUUUGUGAGAUCACCGAACCAAUUAAGGCCGGAGACAGUGAUGCCCUAUUUCCAAUGCAACUUAAUGUGUUGAAAAACCGCAAGUUUGGUUUUGUUGUAGAUAUUACAGAAUACAAUGUCAACAACAAUAAUAACAUCUACACAGUUCUCAGAGUUACAGAAGAUAUCUCCAUUGUUUGUGAAUUGGAAAGUAAAAUAGAACUUAUGAGUAAUCAAUUUGUCUCCUUAAAUCAAGUUGCUUUGGAAUCCGAUGAUGUUGUACAGCCUGUUCAAAAGGAUGUGAUCUCACAAACAGACGAAAGUUUUACACCCUCAACAGUUGAUAAGUCAACCGCAACAAGUCCUUGCAAAAUAUCAGGUGAUUUGAAGCGCAACCUCCAAGAAAUUUAUGAUGUUGAUUCUGGAUAUGAUUUAAGUUCAACUAAGGCUAAAAGAAAGUCAACCGCAGAGGAAACUCCACUCUUGAUUCCAAAAAUUGAAAAGUGA